AUGCAGCACUCCGAGGGCACAGCGUCUUCUUCCGCUGAGGAGAGGGCGGGAAUGAAACGCAAAGCCCCACGAGAUUCUAGGACGAGGUCCCCCAGCCCCAAGCGCCCCUGUGACUCAUCUGCUAAGGUUGGAACCGGAGAACCUGAUGGCGCUGAGAGCAGCGGUGUCUGUAGUGAGGAACAUCUGGGCCGGGAAACAGCCCAGGAGGAUUAUGAAUUUGAUACAACGCCCAAGUGGCCUAUCCCCGACGAAAAACAACGGGCAAGGAUAUAUGAUGAAUGGCAUCUACGGCUUCAUCGCCCAGAUAGUAUUUUCCGCGAGGUUUGGAACAUUUUGACAACCAGAGUAUGGCUCUUGGCACACGAUAACUUUCCACCCUCGUAUAUGUGGAAGGAUCUCUCCAAAGAGAAUCAAGCAGAAAUCGAGGUUUGGGCAUCUCAUGCCCAAGAGUGGAUGGAGUCAAGCGAAAGAUUGAGGGCUCAGUGCUUUUUCGAGGCAUGGAUCUUUCGGCUUCUGUACGACCAUCUUUUCUCGCCUGAAUGCCAGGACAAGUGGUCGUGCGAAAUGUGGAAGAUAUACGGCCAGCAGCAAUACGCCUUGCGAGGUUAUCUCGACGGCCCCGACAGCGAAGAAGGCAUGAACAGCAACUUCAAUGUCCGCUUUCAUAAUUGGCGCUCUAUGACAGCAGAAAUGACCCUCCAUGCCACGGGAAGAAGAUGGCACACAGAGCCUUCCCGGCUCAAGGAUAUCCUGCUCGACCGCCUUGGGCCUCUCAUGUCAGAUCCUCGCCGGCCAUUCCCCAAAAACCUAGAUAAGAAUCUGUAUGGAAUAGUCCAUUUCGCCAUUGAAUUAGAUCUUUUGAUGAUCUACUCAAGCCUUUGGCUCAAGCUGGAGAUGAAGGUACCCAAUAUGAGUGUGAUCAAGGAUUUUGCCUACGAUUAUAAGGACAUGGCCACACACGGUUGCUUCUAUAGCCCCAGCAAAGCAGCUAAAUCUAUAAGCCAAACGGUGGAUUUCAUCUCACAGCCAUCGUUUGCCAUUUUUGGCGGGACUUUUACUUCCAUGGAGUCGGAGGACCAUUGGAAAGCAGUUCCAAGCUUUGGUCAUGAGUUCAAUCUAGAAUUCCAAAGCCCAUCCCUCGUUCAGCUCGCGAUCAAUGGCGGUGAAGAUCAAGGAUUUGCACCAGCGACUACAACCCUCCAGGACACAGACGCCAAAACCGUGGAGGAUUAG